AUGGGAUUGUCGUUGUGCGGGGAGCGCGGGCACCUGGGCGUGCCAUCGUGGGGAGCGUGCGGUAUACCACCAGCGUACGCCGGCCGGGGCCAAAACGCCCAGAUGUGUUGCAUGUACAACAUGCAUGACAGCAGAGAGCAUAUUGUGCGCAAUGAACAAGCCAUAGUCGACAACCUUACUGAAGAUAACGCGACAAGGGUGUUGGCUAGCAGAAGGACAGCAGAGGGCGAACAGUUGUACUUAGUCUAUGAUCAGGGUAGUGCUGGGACUAGUCCCCCAAAUAAGCUGCUCGUCAAGAAGUUCCACAAUGCGAACCCAGCGCUACAAGUAGACGGCAAUGUCAUGUACCGCUGCAACUCGGAGAUGUUCCUGUUAGCCAACAUUUCUCACAAAAACAUCAUCAAAGUUGUAGACCAUAUCCAGAGGGAAGACGCAAUCAUGCUCAUUUAUGAGUAUCCGGUUCAUGGAAGCCUUCGAUCCUGGCUGCACCAACCCAUGGAUGCCGGUCGGCACCUGAGCUGGCCGGACAGGAGGGGCAUCGCCAUUGGUGUGGCCAGAGGGCUCCGCCAGUUACACCACAGAUGCAACAAACUGUUUGUCCACCACAACAUCAACUCUGAAAACAUCUUGCUUGAUCAGAAUUUCAAGGCCGUGAUAGCCAGCUUUGGCGCUGCACAGGUUAACAUGGCGGGGCUCGGCCAACCCUUGCCAAUCACGGACCUGCGUCCUGGUAACUUUGGGUACGCAGCUCCAGAAUAUGGGUUGGGGAAAAACCAGCUGACGGAGAAGGUAGACAUUUACAGCUUUGGAGUGCUGAUGCUGGAGCUUGUCACUGGUAAUCUCACGUCAGAUGCGAGUGGGUGGCUUAUCGUGGGUGGAGCCAUGAGGACGUCAUCGGAUUCCGGAAGCGAGAGUGAGCACGGGCUCGAAGGCAUACGAGACGAAUCCAGGUUGGACCAUCUACAGCCCGGCGCCCUAAAGCUGCCUCAAAUAUCGGACGGAUGGUCCGGUCACGGACUGGUCACAAAAAAUGCGAUACAUACGGACGCAUUGAACAGACCUGAAAUGUCAAGGUUGACCGUCACCCAUAUCCAGGCAGAAUAUGAGACGUAUAUGGAGCGUUCGGGCGUGUCUGCCACGUCGGACCCGCUCCGCCUCCGCGCGUGCUCCGUAGCCGUUCCGAGCCUCUGCGCCGCCAGCACCGGCACAACAGUCCCCUCUCCCGUCCACGCGGUCGGGGAUGUCCUCGCCGGCCCGGACGCCACCGCAAAACCAUUGUUUUUGCGCAUUAUGGAGGGAGUGGAGGCACACGAGGACUACUUCAAGCUCAAAAGGUAUUGUUGCAGCCAACAUUCUUUCUCUGCUAAGGUGAAGUGCAUGACUGCUCUGAGGAUGCUUGCACUUGGUACUGCUGCCGAAGCCGUUGGUGAGAUGGUCAGGAUGGGGGAGAGCACAUGCCUAAAGACUACUGUGAAGUUUUCCCACGCCGUGGUGCAGUUUUUUGGAGCAGAGUAUCUGAGAGAACAAAAUGCGGAGGAUGCAGACAAGUUGUUGGCUAUUGGAGAUGCCAAAGGGUUCUAA